AUGCUGUUUGAUGCGUUCGAUGAAAUACACGCCGCUAGCAGGGAUAUUGUUAUGGAAUUGUUCAGAGUUCUAUUGCAAUCAAAGAGCAUACGGCUUAUAAUCAGUGGCAGGAAUCACGUCGAGCAGCCUUUAAGAAAUGCUUUCAGGGCAUUUAAUUUGAAACCAGUCAUGUUAUCAAUAUAUCCUCUGGAAGAUGAAAGCCAAAAACAGAUAAUGAAAAGCAUCUGGUCUGUGUUUGAUAAUAAAAAAGGUUUUACGCCACUGCACUGGGCCGUCGAAGGAGGUCACAACGAUUCAGUUUUAUUACUAAUUGCUGACGGAGCAGAUAUUGAACUAUCGGCGAGAGAUGGCACAAAAGCAAUGCAUUCGGCAGCCCUGAAUGGAAGAGUGGAUGUUUUGAGGACUUUGAUUGCCAAAAAGGCCAACAUUGAUGCGCAAGAUAAAAAAGGUUGGACGCCUUUGCACUGUGCCGCUCAAGAAGGUCACAACGAUGCAGUGGUUUUGUUGAUUGAUAAUGGAGCAGACAUCGAACUACCACAGAAAGAUGGCACAAAGGCAAUGCAUGUUGCUGCCUUGAAUGGAAGAGUGGAUGUUUUGAGGACUUUGAUUGCCAAAAAGGCCAAAAUUGACGAACAAAAUGUAGAAGGUUCAACACCUUUGCACUGUGCCGCUCAAAACGGUCACUACGAUGCAGUGGUUUUGCUGAUUGACAACGGAGCAGACAUCGAACUAUCACAGAAAGAUGGUACAAGAACAAUACAUGAGGCUGCCUUAAAUGGAAGAGUGGAUGUUUUGAGCACAUUGAUUGCCAGAAUGGUUGAAAUUGAUGCACAAGAUGAAGAAGGUUGGACGCCUCUGCACUGUGCCGCUCAAGAAGGUAAUAAUGAAGCAGUGGUUCUGUUGACUGAUGAGGGAGCAGACAUUGAACUAGCACGGAAGGAUGGUACAAAGGCAAUGCAUGAGGCUGCCUUAAAUGGAAGAGUGGAUGUUUUGAGAACUUUGAUUGCCAAAAAGUCCAAAAUUGACGCGCAAGAUAAAGAAGGUUGGACGCCUUUGCACUGUGCCGCUCAAGAAGGUCAUAAUGAAGCAGUGGUUUUGCUGAUUGAUAAUGGAGCAGACAUUGAACUAUCACAGAAAGAUGGUUGGACGCCUUUGCACUGUGCCAUUCAAGAAGGUCACAAUGAUGCAGUAGUUUUAUUGAUUGAUAAGGGAGCAGACAUCGAACUAACACAGGAAGAUGGAUCGACGCCUCUGCACUGUGCUGCUCAAAACGGUCACAACGAUGCAGUGGAUUUGUUGAUUGAUAACGGAGCAGAUAUCGAGCUUUCGGCGUUUGAUGGCACAAAAGCAAUUCAUUUAGCUGCCUUCAAUGGAGAAGUGGAUGUUUUGAGGACUUUAAUUGUCAAUAAUGCCAAAAUUAAUGCACAAACUAAAGAUGGAUGGACGCCUCUGCACUGUGCUGCUCAAAACGGUCACAACAAUGCAGUGGAUUUGUUGAUUGAUAACGGAGCAGAUAUCGAACUAACGAAGAAAGAUGGCAAAAAAGCAAUGCAUUUAGCUGCUUUUAAUGGAAAUGUGGAUGUUUUGAGGACUUUGAUUGCCGAGCAAGCUAAAAAUGAUACACAAGAUAUAGAUGGUUGGACGCCUUUGCACUAUGCUGUUCAAAAUGGCAACAACGAUGCAGUGGUUUUUCUGAUUGAAAACGGUGCAGACAUCGAUUUAUUAUAG